AUGGGAGCCGUUAGUAAACGAACCGCAGACGCACCCAACAGGCCGGCCAAAAGGCUGAAACUGGAAGUUCAACAGACUCUUUAUAUUCAAAAUUUGAACGAUAAAAUCAACCGUGCCCUUCUCAAGCAUAGUCUAUUCAUGAUCUUCUCGACGUACGGCGAGGUUCUUGAGAUCAAUAUGAAGAUGAAAGGUCAGGCUCAUAUUGUACUUGAUAGCUGUGAAUCUGCCUCGCACGCGUUACGGUCGCUUCAAGCCACAAAUAUAUUGGGAAAGGCUAUCCACAUUGACUACGCCAAAAAGAAAUCAGUGUCAAUCGAAGCAGCAGAGAAGGCGAUCGCAGAGGAAUAA